AUGCACGGUCCGAAGCGAAUAUUCCAAGGAAAAGGUCGGGCGAUGGGUUUCUGGGUGAUGAUGUGCACCGUCGCCAUGGCUCUUCUCAUUUUUCAGACCGUCCAAUUGCUAACUAUCUACUUCUCAAAGCCAACUCUCUCACAGGUAAUGAUCCAGGUUUAUCAAAAAAUUGCAUUGAAUUUUUUUUCAUGUAUAAAAAUGACCCCUUUACAUAGGGUCCGCAAGCCAUUUCUUCAGAAUGAUUCAAAAAAUAUGUUUUUCACAUUGUUCGAUAGGGGAGACUGUCCAUUUUCAUAAUCCGUUUAGUUUUUGAAAAAAGGUUCACUAAGAAAAAAGUUAUGGCCAAAAAACGAGCGCGCGCGGCGUACAACUGGAGGCAAAAUCUCACGGUUUACCCGCUGCCGCACGCUUUCUUUUUAAAUGUUUUUUUGCGCGUUUCUGGACCGUUUUUUUAAAUCGGUUUUUCUGUUCUGAGAGGUUGUCCGAACUGAGCCUCAUGUUUUUGGUAUGAAUCUUUUGUACAAUCCUCAUAAGAAGUUUUUGAUGAAAAUAUCAAAAAAACUACCUAGAAAAAAAGGUCAAAAGGAUUUUUUUCAGCUUAUUUUUUUCUUUUUUUCUACUCAGAAAAAAAUUAUUAUCAUUCGAUUUGGAAAAAAAGAAAAAAAUGAAAAAAAUAAUGUUAUUUCGAAAUAAAACAGGAAAAAAAGUGCAAUUUGACUCCGAAAAAAACGGCUCCUGCGACAUUUAAAAAGGGCGCAUCGGUGUGUUUGACGCAAACACUGCUACGGACACUUGCACGAAAUCUUCCGAAAUUUCAAAAAAAUUGCCAUUUUUUUCGAGGAUUUUCAAAGCCGUUAUUUUUUUCGCGUCGAUCGAUUUUUUUCAUAAUUUUUUUCAUUGAUAGAGUUUUUGAACGCUUAAUAACAUAAUCAAAAAAAUAUAGACGCGAUCCUAUUCUCUCAUGCGUCAACGAGGCAGGCGAAAAAAGGAGGUUUUGGUAAAACUCAAAUAUAAUUUGAUUCGCUGUCCCAAUAAUUAUUUUCAUUUUGAAUUUUUAUUCUUGGACACACUGUUAGUUUUUAAAUCAAAUAAAAAAAGUAUACCAUGUCGCUGAAAUUUUUUUCGCAUUUCAGCUUCAAAGUUUGGUGUCACUUUACAAGCUUUAAUAUUUUUUUCGCGUCGGUAGAUUUUUUUCAUUUUCACUCAAAAAAUAAAGAAAGUGUUAAUGUAUAACAUACUAAAAAAAUUUAGAAGCGUUCCUCACUUGGUUUUCUGAAACGCGACGAUUUUGUGAAACUUGUCAGUUUUUUUCGUGUUAAAUCUUACUUUUUCGCUUAUUUUUGAAAAAUACAUAGUUUUAAAAAUAUUCAGUCUUGUAGAGCGUUGUCGAUUACAUAGGUUUUCAGAAACAGUUGAUUUUUAAAGUGGGACUUUAGCUAGUAUAAACGCCUCAAAACCGUUUUUGCAACAAAAAAAUCGUCAUUUUGGUGGCGUGAAGGGGCGGGGCUUUGCGCCCCCUACCUUUACACAUAGGAAAAAACUGAAAACGGCCAUUUUGAAGUCUAAAAACUCGCGAUUUGAGGUCUCAUUUAUCGUCAACGACACGGGUCUCCAUUUUCCGGCCAUAACUAUUUGCAAUUUCAAUCCAAUCAAGAAGUCUCACGUUCGAGGUACAGUCGAAGCCUAUUUUGAAAUGGUCGCACGUGGAAUGGUUCGAAGCGUCGCGGCUUACGUUGAGAUUUUCAGUUUUCCAGUAGAAAAAUGACUUUUAAAUGAGAUAAAAUUCACCAGAUGCAGUUUUUAGAGCUGAUCUCAAUUAUGUGCCCAAAAUUCUUCAAAAAGGUCUGUGAAAAAAAUUUUGACCGCUCAAAGUUCAAAAAUAAAUUCCCGUUUCCAUCUGCUUAUGAAUGAAGGAAGCUCCAAAAAAGUACUCUAGCUCAAAAAAUGGGUCCAUCAGGACUUAUUUCAUCCAACUUAGUACUCGGGCAAAUUCAUAAUGGUGCAAAAUGGCCCUUAAAAGGGAGAGGCUUGAAAAAGGCACCAAAAAGGCUCAAAAAAGGCUGCAAAAAGGCACCAAAAAGGCCGAAAAAAGACAGCAAAAAGGGAGCAAAAAGGCCGCAAAAAGGCUCGAAAAAGGCACCAAAAAGGCUCCAAAAAAGCUGCAAAAAGGGUCUCUUUAUAGAGCCUUCUAUUUCACCUGAAAUCUUUCUAAAUCCCUCCUCUUUGAUGCCAAAGGGCGUGAACCGUUUUGGGUCGGGCGCAUUUCAGAAACACGUUUCGAGCCAUUCUUAACGCGCCCUUCCGAAAAAAUCUAAUAACUUCUCCCAGAAUUGAACGCCUCGGGCGACUUAUCCGGAGAAACUCUACAGUACUUCUUAUUAACCAACGCUGAUGCCAUGACUAUCUACAGUAACCCGGAUAGAGGGAAACUGAAAAGAGGUCGAAUUUUUCCAUUCCAAAUAAAAACAAUCCCCGUUUUUAGAUAACGACAUGGCCGAAGAGUACAUCAAAAACCAUACGGACUUCAAAAUAACCCAUUUUUUGAAGACGGCUGGGUAAGGAAAGGAUAUUCUCAAUGUUGUCCAUGGAGUAAACUUUCCUAAAUUUGCAGUUACGAGUGCGAGGAAAUGUUCAAAAAGUGCUAUUUUGGAGGCAGGAGGUCAGUUUUUGAUGGGAAAUUGUUUUUUCGAGUUGGUUCAAUCCUACAAAAAUGCACGAACUUUACAGAUUCGAGUGCUGUCAGCUCAUGAAACCGAUAAUAACAGGUCUUGGAAAAUGUUUCCAAUUGGACCUGGGCCAUCGGGGUCACGAAUGGAUGAGGAAACAGAAAUGGCCGGGCGUCGAGGCUGGGUGAGCCAUUUUUAUCGAUUUUUUGAUUGAUUUAUCUAAACUUUUUGAAACAGUAAGUCAUGAUUAUCGUGUUUUUGUCACUGAAAAUUCCCAUUUUUUUUAAAGUCAAAGUCAAUGAUAAUUCCUACAGUAACUCUCCCUGGAAACUGAAAAAAUACUUAGGAAUUUCAGAGUGGCCCCUAUAGGGCUCGAAAAAGUAGUUAAGGUGAUCCCAAUAGGGGUUUAGGCUCUGACUCCUUAGUCCCUAAAGCUCAAGUGGUCCCUACAGGGGUUGGUAAAGUGGAUGCCCUUAUAGGGACCACUCUGGACUUCUAAACGUCCCAAUUUCAGGCUUCAAAUCAUCGCCGACGCUCAUCUCGAAGAAGUUCUGAGCAAAUCAACAGGUUUUGACUUCCGGGCUACUGUAAGUCUUACGGUAGCUCAUUACAGACAGUGCUGGUCCGAUAUUCUCGAACCUGUUCGAGAAUGGCUUCCGCUACUACGUCCACGACGUCUCCCAGGUACCGUACCUCUCAUCAGAAGGCGUCAGUGCCUCGCCUUCGACUACAGUAUACUCGGCUAUCAAGACGUCUACGGUAGGUUCAAUUUGAUCUUUCUUUUUCAAGUUGUGAAUUAAAAGGAGCGGUUCAAGGUGUUUCUAACUUGCGCCUGACCAAAUACGGCUUACGCGCGACAGCAAUGGAUAGAGUAAAGACGAGCCGCGGCGCGACCGCAACGCGUCAAGCCAUUCUGAAUGCGGCCAACAUAAGCAAUACUUUUCGAAAUUUUUUUUUUGAAUGAUCAUGGAAUUCUAGUAGAGCUUUUGGACAUCUUGGCGUCGCAUUGCGGCCACUAGAACACUUUCUGACGGGUCGGUUGCAAAUUGAGCCAUUCCAAACGCGACCAUAGCCUAACGGAAUCGACUCUAACUCAAAUAAGUAACCGCAGAAGUUUCCUUUGAAGAAAAACUCUUAUUUUCCAACUAUCCGGACUUAAAAACCCCUUUUUCAGCACCAACUCCUAACAGUCGACGAAUGGGGGAACUGUACGAGGGACUGGCCUCCCGGCUACCGUACCUCCCUACAGUACUCUGCUCAAUCGUGCAAAUACCUCUGCCUCGCCGAUCACUUCAUGAAAAUGUGCAAUUGCUCUCCAUUUACUUAUAAUAUCGAUGGAAGUUGGUUUUAAAAAUUCAAGUAUAUUUUUCAAAAUUCCGAGUUUAGAGCGACCAAUCUGCACGCCGCUACAAACUGUCACCUGUAUGGGUCAGAAUAUGGGUCCUUUUGUCAAUGGUCAGUACAAAAAAAAGCGUUUCCAGAAGGAUAUUAUAUAUUUAAAACUCUUAAAAGUCUUCUGCGCGCAGCUUUCUCAUUGGAGCAACCUUUCCAGGCAGUCAAAGCCUUAACCUUCCGGAGUGCGGCGAAUGUCGGAUGGAAUGCGAAAGUACAUCCUAUCACGCUUACAACUCCUAUGGGAAUGGAUUCAAUGAAGGAGCCUUGUUUUGGAUGCAACAAAAUAGUGAAAAUGUCACUGAUGAGCAUAUCAAGUCAGUUGGAAGCUUCGAAUUUCACAAGAUUCUAAGAAAACUUCAAUUUUUUCAACCGAAAAGCUUUUUUAUCAUCUUUAAGACCAUUUUUCCACUGAACUUUUAACGGUAACAACCAAAAAAUUAGAUAGCAAGAUUGAAAAAAGUAAAAAAUAUGCUUUUUUUGUUCAUUCGAAGUUUUUUCAAGAAAAAUUCUUAUUUUGUUCCUGCCAGACUAUCAAAAUCUCGAAAUUCACUCAGAUCCCUCGUUAAUUAGCCUCAAAAAGUGAGUGAAAUCCCUCAAAUUAGAGUUUGAAACAAAAACAAAAAUGGCAAAAAAAAUGUCUUCCGUUGCCGGGAAUCGAACCCGGGCCUUACGGGUGAGAGCCGUAAAUCCUAACCACUAGACCACAACGGACACGACAGCGAGGCGCUGGCAGUUGUGCCAAGUUCCUUGCCAUUCAUCGCGUGUAUUGGAGCUUUUCCAUAGUUUUUUUUUCCUUUUCUGAUCUUCAACUCAAUUUUUACAUUUUUCAAAUAAAGAAAUCAAUAACUACAGGAAAAACUACGUGAUAAUCAACAUUUUCUUCCGCGAAAUGUUCUACACGGCCUACACCCAAGUGACGGCGACAUCAUUGACCGAAAUUCUCAGUAGGUUCUUCGUUAAAUUUUCAUUUUAUUUGUAA